CCGGAAGCCUUGUCUUUCUGAUCAAUGAUCGAUCUACCAUUAUUAAUUAAUUUAUAUUAUUUGGAUAUAUAUAUAUAUAUAUAUAUCUGAAUUUUGUGUGUUAGUGUUAAUUGGACUCUGCUAUGCUAUGCCAUGCCACAGCUUGCCUUGUCUGUCUUCCCCACGAAUCCUACUAGCACACUCCCUCUCCAUUAACAUUACUACAUUAGGAGCAAGACGUGUUUGGGAUUGUUCUAUAUAUCAUGACCGGAGCACUCUCUCAAAUGUUUUCUUCUUCUUCUUCCUCCUCAAUGCGUGCAUCUGUCGGCCACUCUGCCAAGCACCGCUGUGAUUGUCCGACCAAACUUCUGCGAUCGCCAUCAUCCUUUUUCGGCGAUCGGAUUUCUUAUUCCAUGUCUGAGAAGCAGAAACAUCACAGGAAUAUUAGUGGACCAAGAUCCGAGCUCGGAGUUGGACGCGCUGCCAUCAACUCUUCCGUCUUUGCCGACGUAGCCAAGGAAUACCUGGCAUUGCAGGAACAGAGCCUUGGAAUGACGCCAGCUGAUCCGAAGACGGUGGCCUCCAUUAUACUGGGUGGAGGAGCUGGAACCAGGCUCUUCCCUCUUACCCGCAGAAGGGCUAAGCCUGCUGUACCAAUUGGUGGAAGUUAUCGUCUUAUUGAUGUUCCAAUGAGCAAUUGUAUCAAUAGUGGGAUCAAUAAGAUUUACAUCCUAACCCAGUUCAACUCUCAAUCUCUCAACCGUCAUCUUGCUCGAACGUAUGAUUUUGUCAAUGGUGUCAACUUUAGUCAUGGGUUUGUUGAGGUGCUAGCGGCUACUCAAACACCUGGAGAAUCCGGGAAGAGGUGGUUUCAGGGAACAGCAGAUGCUGUGAGGCAAUUUAUUUGGCUCUUUGAGGAUGCUAAGCUGAGACAUAUUGAGAACAUACUGAUAUUAUCUGGAGAUCAUCUUUACCGUAUGGAUUAUAUGGACUUUGUGCAGAAGCAUAUUGACUCUGGGGCUGAUAUUUCCGUUUCUUGCAUCCCAAUGGAUGAGUGUCGCGCUUCUGAUUUUGGAUUGAUGAAGAUUGACGGAAAUGGACGCAUUUGUCAGUUCCUAGAAAAACCCAAGGGUGAACGUCUGAGAACAAUGCAAGUGGACACAUCCAUUCUUGGUUUAUUUCCUGAAGAGGCAAAAAGUUUUCCCUACAUUGCAUCUAUGGGAAUAUACUUGUUUAAGACAGAUGUUCUGCUGAAGCUUCUGAGACAGCGUUAUCCUAAUGCCAAUGACUUUGGCUCGGAGAUUAUACCAUUGGCUGCUAAAGAGUACAAUGUCCAGGCAUAUCUUUUCAGUGGGUACUGGGAAGAUAUUGGUACGAUAAAAUCAUUCUUUGAUGCAAACCUAGCUCUUACUGACCAACCUCCCAAGUUUCAUUUUUAUGAUCCUUCAAAGCCAAUAUUCACAUCACCUCGAUAUCUUCCCCCAACUAAAGCUGAGAAGUGCAGGGUUUCAAACUCUAUAAUAUCUCAUGGAUGUUUCUUGGCUGGAUGUUGUGUUGAACACUCUGUGGUUGGAGUGCGAUCAAGGCUAGAACAUGGAGUUGAGCUCAAGGAUACUAUGAUGAUGGGUGCAGACUAUUAUCAGACUGAGACAGAGAGAAAUUUUUGUCUGAGACAGGGAAAAGUUCCCAUUGGAGUUGGAGCAAACACCAAAAUCAGGAAUUGUAUUAUUGACAAAAAUGCGAGGAUUGGAAAGAAUGUGGUAAUUGCAAAUGGAGAUAAUGUGCAAGAGGCUGACAGACCAGAAGAUGGCUUCUACAUUCGUUCUGGGAUCACUGUGGUGUUAAAGAACUCCACGAUUGCAGACAACACCAUCAUCUAAACAUUUCUGCACUUUGCUGAGGGUGACAAGAAAUGUUGCACAUAAUGCACAAACCACUGAGUUUUUGGCUGACUGGCUGUGGUUAGACACGUCUGCUGUAUGUAUGAGAGCUUCAUAAAUUCAAAACGCGUUCCAGUUUUUUAACCUGACAUUAGAUGACGAUGGAUAGACUUCUUGUUUUCAAGAUUCUGAAAUUAUUUUGUUUCAGACUUUAAAUGCUGCCCCUUAUUUUGUGUAAUAAAAGGCUGUGCGCGUGGGA